AUGAAUAUCUUCUUAGAAAAUACAUACAAAGCACGAUAUAAAAGUGAUUAUUUCCCACAAACUGGUAACGUUCGACGACCGCGCUAUGUUUCUGAUAAUGCUAGCAAUCAUUUCAUUACACUACAGUUGCCAACAGGAUAUCAUCGUGAUUUUACACAUGAAUAUAUUCGGGUUGCAUUAGUAACAACAUUAAUCAAUAAUCGCGAACGUUAUUAUAGUCCAUAUAAAUUUCAAACAAAUCAUGAUGAUGCUAAAGUUCCCGAUCAAAAUCCGAUUUAUAUAUCAGUAAACAAAAAAUUAAGAAAAGGGUUGUUGUAUCUUGUUUUAAUUAAAUCAAAAUUAGAUCAACUUUAUGAUGCUCAACCGUUAAAACCUUUUUCAGAUGUACUUCAUCAUGUUCAAAAUAUAAUCGAUGAAGAAAGACUAGCAUCGAAAGAAUUAAUUACUAAAUAUCAACUAGAUAAAUCACAUAUAGCGUUCACAUUAUGUACAAAACUACCAAACGGUACAUAUGAUGUUCAUCCUGAAACAACAAUUAUUUCAUCAGUCAUAACAGAAACAUCAACAAAACCAUCAGCCACAACAACAACAACAAAUAAUAAAUCAACUGCAAAAAGUAAACCAAAAACAGUUAGUUGUCCACAUUGCAAGCAUUGUUUUGAUCCAACUGAUGCUGUCAAUGCAACGAAGAAAGAAACGAAACGAAAAGCUCCAAGUGGUACAAGAUCAAAAACAACAAUUAGUACUCGGGCUAAUAAAAAGAAAAAAACGAAUUAA